UUCUACAACAACUACUACUACUACUAUACUUAUAUUUUACUCUGUGCAACUGGUGCCGAAUCUGCGCCGGGGUAGUCGCACGCUGAACACGCGUCUGGUAGGUGCGAACACGCUCUCGUGAUAUUAUACAGUCGUCGGCCGAUCCGUUCCGUUUUUCUAUAUUAUCGUUCAAUAAUAUUAUUAUUUCGCGUACGCAUUACAAUAAUAUUAUUUGUAUUAUUUUUCGCGUACGCAAUUUUAUAAUAUAUUAUUAUACAAUUAUUAAUCAUAUUAUUAUUGAAAUAUUAUUGAAAUAUAUCAUUGUAAUUCUGUGCGUCUCGCGUCAUUACGAGGUAUUUACCGAGCGGUUUUAUUUUUUUCACCACUCGUCGAUGGGUCGUCGGUGGUAAAAAUCGAAAUAAAAAAAUUUAAGAAAAUAAUUCGCAUUUUCUCUCCCGCGUGUUAUUGUCGUCGUCGUCCGCUAGUGGUGCCGUUCAAAAAACAUAAUAUUAUUAUUGUUAUUGCAUGAAUAUCAUACGCAUAUCAUAGAGUACAGUACACCGCAAAGUUCGCGCACACGAUGAAUACGAUGGUCACGCCGUUGUCCUCAUCAAUCGUCGUUGCCGUUGUUGCCGUCUAUCAAUCGACCGCCGCGAACGCAUCGUUCUACCGGUGACACGAGAGCUGUAUACGUCGCCGAAGUAAGUGUAGAGGUAGGUGGCUAACCGUACAAAGUCGUUCUCGUCGGCACCGAUUUUCCGCGACAGUGUCACGCGCCGUUCGGAGCGCCGCACCGUGCACGCCGCUCCGGUUUUCGUUUGUGCAUCCGUAUCGCCGUUGCACUGCACCGCCACAUAUCGCUCUGCUCACACGCGUUGAGACGUGCACCUAUACGUACCGCCACAUAACCCGCGUGGUCCCAACACACUAUGAACUCUCCACAAAUGUAUGACACGGCGCCGCAGCCGCACGCCCAUCAGCCGCAACACCACCAGAUCAGCCAACAAGAACUGGCGAUGGCCGCCAAAAAAGCGCAGCUCGGGCAGCUCAAAAACAGGUAUGACAUAUCGGAACUGUCCACGCCCGAGAUAUCGCUCGACCUGCAGAACCUCAUCGACGACAGCCAGUUCAGCGAAGGGCUGUUCACGGAGAUCUUGCAGCAGGGCCAGGUCAAGUUGCCCAACGGCACCGGCGGCGGUGGAGGCCGAAACGGCGUAAACCAGAACGGUUUCAACUCGCGCACCACUCUCGCGUACAUGCCACAGCCCGUACACUACGAGAGCACGCCGGCCUCCACUGGUGGUCCCAUCAAGGAGGAACCUCCGGAGUCCGUCGAGUUCCGGAACCAGCAGCAACAGCAACAGCAGCAACAACAGCAACAGCAGCAACAACAGUACCUUAGCAACGGCCAGGGGGGCGCGUUCCAGACGUCACCCGUGUCCAGCAACGGCAGUAGCUCGCAUCUCAAGGCCCAUCACCACAACCACCACCGGAAGUCGAGUUCCGGCAGCAACAAGUCCGUGGACAAGAACACGGACGAGUACAAGAGGAGGCGCGAACGGAACAACAUAGCGGUCCGCAAGAGCCGGGAAAAGGCAAAGAUCCGAAGCCGCGAGACCGAGGAGAAGGUCAAGCUGUUGGUCAAAGAGAACGAGCGGCUGCAGAAAAGGAUAGAGCUGCUCAGCGAAGAACUCAACGUGCUCAGGUCGCUAUUCACCAACGUGGGCGUCCUGCCCGAGCACCUUCACCGGGAGCUCAACAAACAUUUCGACGCCUAUCCACACUUGCAGUGAUCCAUCUCAUGCGCGUGGUUUCAAGAAAUUGGCAUCGAUGAACCCGGUUCAAUAUCAUCUCCUCUCACACUUUUUGAACAACAAAUGAGUUACCUGUGUACAGCAUACUAGGUCCUAGAGCCAGAUGCGAACCACGCCAUGCCAAAACGUUUAUUAUAAAUGAAAGGAAAAAAUAGUUACCUAACGAAAUUCCUAAUUUAUUAUAUCGGUAUAAUGUUACCCGUUAUAUAAAAGUAGAUUUUAAAUAUAUCUAUCUAUACGUAUAUAAUAUGUUUAAUAUUUAUAUACACUAAAAUAAUAUUAUAUAUUAACCGUUUUCUUUUCUUUUCGGCCUUUUAUGGAAAUACCAAAUUUUAAGUCUAAAUACUAUUUUUUAAUCGAUUUUUUUUACUAUUAAUAAAAAGUUACAUAUUGUGUAAGAUUUACGAAAAACUGCCUUUGGCUCAGCAGAGUUUAAAAUUUGUUGUAAAUACCUUUUUUUUACGUAUGUUGUACUAUAAUAAACAUUUUGUACGUUUUGUUUGUUUUUUUUUUUUUAAUUUUAAUUUAAAGUAUACAUUUUUUUUUACCUAUUUAGUAGUUUUUUCUAGUCUAAAAUUAGAUUUUUAUAACUUGUAAGAUAUCGUAUUUUUAGUUAUUUAAAAUAGUACCGUAUAAUACAUAUUUUUUAUUUUUUAUUAUUUAAACAUAAUUUAUUUGUAUAGGUUACUACAUACAUUAUAUUAUACAAAAAUAUUCUGCAGUUUAGUGUUAGUAUAUUUUUAAAAU